AUGCUCAUGUGCUUUGAUACUGGCAUGCGCAUGGCACCCGCUCCGCCAGAAUCGUGGGAUGCUCACCGUGUGUUUUUCUAUUUUUCUGCGCGUAGCUCUGGUAUAGGCUAUGCUACCGUACAGCACCUCGCACGGCGCGGUGCAAAGGUCUAUAUGGGCGCACGGAACCCAGAUCGCGCGAAGGCGGCGAUUGAGAGGAUGCAGGCUGAGGGUUUAGGACCUGGCAAUGGCCAAGUCUUGUACGUGAACGUGGACUUCACCGAGCUGACCGUCGCGAAGCAGUCUGCGGAAAACUUCAUGCAGCUGGAGACGAGGACUGAGCAGCUGCAUACAGUGAACAGCGCGGCACAGUUGCUCGUUCCUUAUGCCAAAUCGCACAAUGACAUCCAGGACAUUGUGAUGGUCAACUACCUCAGCCCCACAAUAUUCAUCCGUACGCUCAUGCCGCUGCUCAAGCAGACCGCUAUAGAGCCGAACGGCGACGUGCGGAUUGUUGAGGUUUCCUCAGAUGGCCACGAGACAGUUGCUAAGACCGUCCGCUUCCGCAACAUUGACGAUUUCAACGUCAGCCUGGGGGCCUCUGACUCGAUGCUUGCCCGACAUCUCAGAUACUGCCUCAGCAAGUUGAUGGGCAUACUCCAUAUGAAGGAGCUGCAAAGACGGUUGGAUAGUGAAGGUGUCCCGAUUAUUGUGCUGUCUGUUCACCCCGGGAUCGUCAACACAGAGGGUGUGCAGGCAUUCGCACACUCGGUCGGGCCUAUCCUGUCUCCAAUAUUCAGCCUCAUCGCGCGAGCGUGCUUUUCAUCUCCCACGGAGGGCGGUUACAGCCCCUCGUUCGCUGCAGCGGCACCCGUCGUACGCGCAGAGGCGGAGAAGUACAGAGGAGCGCAUAUCGUGCCGCCGGGGAAGCUUGGGCGGGCGAGCGCUCUGGCGGAGGAUCACGAGCUGGCGAAGGAGCUGUGGGACACGACGGAGAAGAUCCUGCAAGACAAUGGCAUGCAGUAUAGCUAUCAUUCGAGCGUCCACGAUGCGUUAUAA